CAGGAGGGUUAUGGGAUUGGAGAUGAUGAGUACUCGUGUGCGUAUGACGGCUGCAGGCAGCUGAUCUGGUACAACGCUCGCAGUAAACCUCACUCCCACCCCUGCUGGAAAGAAGGUGAUGCCAUAGGCUUCCUGCUGGACCUCAGUAAGAAGCAGAUGAUUUUCUACCUUAACGGACACCAGCUGCCUCCUGAGAAGCAGGUGUUCUUCUCUGCCACGUCUGGCUUCUUUGCUGCAGCCAGUUUUAUGUCCUAUCAACAGUGUGAGUUCAACUUCGGAGCCAAACCCUUCCGCCAUCCCCCCUCCAUCAAAUUCAACACCUUUAAUGAGUUUGCCUCGCUCGCAUCAGACGAGAAAAUCAUUCUGCCCAGACACAGACGCCUAGCAUUGCUCAAGCAGGUUAGCAUCAGAGAUAACUGCUGCACCCUCUGCUGCGACCAGAUGGCGGACACUGAACUGAGACCCUGUUCGCACAGUGGGAUUUGUAUGGAGUGUGCCUUACAGCUGGAAACAUGCCCACUGUGUCGUCAAGACAUCAAGACACGAGUCAGACUCAUUUCCCACGUGUCCUGACAUCAGCCCAUCAACCCUAAAUGUGGACUUUCCCCAUCAAGCUUCCAUCCUGUCCAGUCCCUUCAGUCCGAAAGAUCGACCUGACCAAUCGAAACCAAGAUGCUGUCUCAGGAUUGGACGCAACAGCGCUGGCCUUUGACGGAUGGAGUAGAUCCUCCUUUAAACUGGAGGGAAGAAGAGAGAAUAAUAUUGACUGGUAGAGAAAACUACUAUUGCACUCCAAGAAGGCCCCUAUCAAUAGAGGGCUAUUCAGAAGCUGGAAAGUUUAAAGGCUGCUGAGAAUUUAAAUCUGCAUUUCCAGGAACAGCUUAAAUAUGGAACAAAUGCAUCCAUUACAUGCUGUUCUGUCUUUGAGUCUCUUCCCUCUCAAGCUCUGGUCAGGGUCUACUACUGUGCGUCUCUGUUCAGAUGUGUUUAAUAUAUAUAUACAUAUAUAUGUGACCUCUCUCUCUCUCUCUUUUUUUUAAAUCUCAACAGGAAACAGCAACAGUGUCUUAACCACUUUGUUUCCUCAUGCCUGCCUCAGAAAACCCAUUAUUUUUUGCUCUCUCAGACUUGAUUGUACUUGAAUCUGUUCUGGGUUGAUUGCCCCACAUUCUCAAUAUGGAUGCGGAAUGUCUUGGUGAGUCAAGACACAGUGAUUUCUUUUUUUAAAAUAGUAUUUUAUAUUGACAUAUGAUGCAAAGUUAAUUUAGAAAUAAAUUAAGCCAAAUUGGAACGUUUAGAUUGAGUAUUAAUGAGUGAAUAUUGAUUCCAUCAGUCUCGAAAGGCGAUUUUUAAUGAGAGGAAAUUUCAGAAGAUUUCCGCAAUGGUUAAUGCACAUAUCAGUGUCCUUAUGCUGCUGAUGCUUAAUGUGAACUUUCUAAAGCAGUUACAAGACUGAAAUCUCCAGCGCUCCCAAAGAUAAGAGAGUGUGAUUGAAUUAAGAAUCUUUCAUUUUCUGAUUUGUGUUGUUUGUAAUAAAUGUCUGUUUAUGUGUUGCUUAUUGUACA